GUGGCGGAGGAGGCGGUGGUCCAAACCCGCGCGUGUCACCAUCCACCGUUUCGCAUCACGUCGGCGUCGUCGCGGUGGCUGGACGCCAUAGCAUAUGCGCUUCCAGAUUUCUUGUUCCAAAUAAAAGGCGAUUCGAUUUCGACUCCACAAACAGAGAAGAAACCCAACAAAUUCCUUGAGGAGGAAGAAGAAGGAGGAGAUCCGCCGCCGCCGUCCCGAUCUGAUCCGAGGAGCGAAGAAAGGAAGGGAGGCAAGAUGCAUUCCACGAAUCUGCUGCUGGAGGAGCCCAUCAGGAUGGCCUCCAUCCUCGAGCCAUCCAAGGCCAGCUUCUUCCCGGCGAUGACCAAGAUCGUGGGGACGCUGGGGCCCAAGUCCCGCGCCGUCGACACCAUCUCCGCCUGCCUCAAGGCCGGCAUGUCCGUGGCCCGGUUCGAUUUCUCGUGGGGGGACGCCGAGUACCACCAGGAGACACUCGAGAACCUCAAGCUCGCCAUCAAGUCCACCAAGAAGCUCUGCGCCGUUAUGCUUGACACGGUCGGCCCGGAGCUGCAGGUGGUGAACAAGAGCGAAGCUUCAAUCUCCCUUGAAGAGAAUGGCACUGUUGUUCUCACCCCUGACCAGGGGCAGGAGGCGUCCUCCAAUGUGCUGCCCAUCAACUUCUCUGGACUUUCUAAGGCUGUGAAACCAGGUGCCACAAUUUUUGUUGGGCAGUACUUGUUCACAGGCAGCGAGACUACUUCAGUUUGGUUAGAGGUUUCUGAAGUUAAAGGAGAUGAUGUGGUUUGUGUGAUAAAAAAUUCGGCUACCCUGGCUGGUUCCCUAUUCACACUGCAUUGCUCCCAAAUUCAUAUCGACUUGCCUACACUGUCUGAUGAGGACAAGGAGGUUAUUAAAAAGUGGGGAGCUCCAAACAAGAUUGACUUUCUCUCUCUGUCUUAUACAAGACAUGCGGAAGAUGUGCGGCAGGCACGUGAGUUCCUCUCAAAGUUAGGUGACCUUAGCCAAACUCAGAUUUUCGCCAAAAUUGAGAACGUGGAGGGGUUGAAUCAUUUUGAUGAAAUCCUGCAAGAAGCAGAUGGCAUCAUUCUGUCAAGAGGAAACCUUGGAAUUGAUCUUCCACCUGAAAAGGUGUUUUUGUUUCAAAAGUCUGCUCUGCACAAGUGCAACAUGGCUGGAAAGCCUGCUGUUGUUACUCGUGUUGUGGACAGUAUGACUGACAACCUCAGGCCUACUCGUGCAGAGGCUACCGAUGUGGCAAAUGCAGUACUUGAUGGGAGUGAUGCCAUUCUCCUCGGUGCUGAGACUCUCCGUGGUCUUUACCCAGUUGAGACUAUCUCAAUAGUGGGUAAAAUUUGUGCUGAGGCUGAGAAGGUAUUCAACCAAGAUUUGUACUUCAAGCGAACCGUAAAAUAUGUUGGGGAGCCCAUGACCCACUUGGAGUCUAUUGCAUCCUCUGCGGUGCGAGCUGCUAUCAAAGUGAAGGCUUCUGUCAUCAUUUGCUUCACAUCAUCUGGACGUGCUGCAAGACUAAUUGCCAAGUACAGGCCCACCAUGCCUGUUUUAUCUGUUGUCAUUCCUCGUCUAAAAACAAACCAACUGAGGUGGAGUUUCACAGGCGCAUUUGAAGCAAGACAAUCACUCAUAGUUAGAGGUCUCUUUCCAAUGCUUGCUGAUCCUCGCCAUCCAGCUGAAUCAACCAGUGCUACAAAUGAGUCAGUUUUGAAGGUUGCUCUUGACCAUGGUAAAGCUUCUGGUGUGAUCAAGUCACAUGAUCGCGUUGUUGUCUGCCAGAAGGUAGGGGAUUCCUCGGUCGUGAAGAUCAUUGAGCUGGACGAUUAGACUUCCAGCUUGUGCUUCAUGAUGAUACUAUGGCAUGGUUUGCCAGAUUUUGACUAGGCCAAAAACGAUGCUUCUUGGCUAUGUAUAAUCCUAUAUAGCUUUCAAAUGAGCAGUUUUUCCUAUGGUGUAAUCAUAGGAUUUGCCUUGCGAUUUCGUACCACUAUGUUCUAGUUAUGUAAAAUUUACCAGAUUCCAAUGCUUCAUAUCAGUUCCGGUGGGCAAAUGGAAUAAUGAAAUCGGUACACUCUUUG